AUGGGCCAGUUCAAAGUCAUCGUCGUCGGCGCAGGACCAGUCGGUCUGGUCCUCGCGAUCGCGCUGCAGAAAUCCGGCAUCGACUUUGUCGUCGUCGAGCAGCGCAAACAGGUUCCGCCACCAACCGCCUUCGGUAUCUUCCUGUGGCCGCACAUUCUGCGCAUUUUCGAUCAGCUGGGUCUCUAUGAGGAUAUGCAGAGCAUUGGGAUAGUUAUGACAGAGUUGUUGAAUAAGUCUUCAACGGGAGAGCAGCUUGAAGUCUCCAACGGCUUCGAGUUGCUCGAGUUUGCUCACGGAUAUCCGACUAUGCUGUUUGAUCGAAAGACUUUUGCCGAGGUGCUCCUGAAGCAUUUGAAGGGAAGUGAUCAGCUCGUAAAGACCAAUAAGAAAGUCACCAAUAUUACCAGUCGCAAGGAUGGAGUUACCGUCGACUUCGCGGAUGGCACCUCGGAGGACGGGUCAAUCGUCGUGGGAGCCGACGGCGUCUGGAGCACCGUCAGAGAUUUCAUGCGCGAAAAGGCGCCCCCCGGACUUUUCAGCGAAGGCCCGAACCCCUUCAGCGCACCUUACCAGGGCCUGUUCUUCCGCGUGCCUCGCCCCGAGUCUCUGAAGCCCGGCCAGACGGUGUAUGUCCACCAGCCGAACAGGCAGUUGAUGGCCCUCGUGACUGCUACCGAGGCUCAUAUGACCACAUAUGAGAGGAUUCCGGAUGUGAGCGAGCGCACGUACUUUUCGCCGAAUAAGGUCACUGAUGAGGAUGUCAAAUACUGGUUCGAUGUCCCGGUCAAUGACCAAACCACGUUCAAAGACCUCUGGGACAACAAGACCAUGGGUGGCAGGGUGAACCAUGAUGAGGGAGUCAUACCGUGGUGGCAUUGGGAUAGGCUUGUGCUCGUAGGAGAUUCUGUCCACAAGAUGAGUCCGUUCCGUGGUGCUGGUGCGUGCUGUGGGAUUGAAGGAGUCAUUUCUCUGGUGAACAAACUCAACCGAACACUCAGCUCUAACCCAGAACCUCCGAGGCGAGACCUGAGCAGAGCAUUCACCGCGUACCAGGUUGAACGCGAACCGGCAGCCAGGCUUUGGGUCCAUGUUUCGAGACUGGACAUUGAUCUCUACACGUCGAAAGCGGGACCUGCAUCAAAGGCGGCAACCUUUGCAGAUGGUAGGACUAUCCCUAUAGUUGCCAACAGCCCAGUUCUGGACAUUCUGCCAUUUCCCAACGAGAAGGAGGGAGUGGUUCCAUGGAGAAGACAUCCAAAGGUUCCUGGGCAGUCAAAGGACGUCAAAGCACGCCUGUGA